AUGGACCAUAUCAUCCUCAUCAAACAGCUCCAGGAUGCGCGCGCCCAGGUCGUAAAAGUGCGGCGCCAGCGCGCGCAAAUCAACCGUCCGCGCAUCUGCCCUCAGCGCGUUCAGCACCCGUGGCGACAGCGCCGCUGGCGCGUCCAAAGUCACCAGCGACUGCGUGUUCAGGCUCUGGCUCAGCGCCAGCAUCUCGCCCAGCCACAGGGGCAGCUCGAUCUUGGACCCGCGCGCCAUGGCGCCUGGGUUGCCCUCGAGGUAGCCCAGCCCCGGCACGGUGAGCUCGAAUGUGCAGGGCACCUUUUGGGCGUCUGUGAGGAUUGCGUCGAUGUCAUAGUAGGACAUUUUGGUGCUGGGGGGGUUAGUGGACUUGGAUGGUGGUGCUACAACUCGCGGGCGACGUCCCCCGGCGGCGACUGGCGCGGCGCCAAUGGCUCGGCCAGCGGCGACGACAGCAGAAGCCGCCCGCGCACAUUCCCGUACUUCGACUACCUGCCGUACUCGACCGAGGCCCACGGCGAGCGCCUCGAGAGCCUGCACACGUGCUUGAAGCACCUCUACAUCGCCGUGUCGGCCGGCGACUUUGCCCCCGGCGCCGUGCACUGGACGCGCGAGAUCCGCGGCUGGCUGUCGCUCAAGUUCGACCUGCCUCGCAGUAUCCGCGUGAAGCUCGUCCACCUGUACUACGAGCUGGCCCUCGCCCCGGGGCUGGACUACCUGGUCGCGGAGCGCUUUGCCUCCAUGUUCAUGGUGCUGACCAAGCGUAAGCACUACCUGCGCCCCGGCAGGGACCUCGUCCUCGACUGGCGGCCGCUGUACCGCGAGCUGAAGCUCUUCGUCCUGCCCUCCGAGUCCGGCGGCGCCCACCCGCCCAACGUCAAGCGCAACAUCCGCACGCUGACCAAGAUGUGCACCUUCGCCCAGCUGUACUUUGACCCCAACGAGAUCCCCGCCAUGUUCGAGGAGCUGCUGCCCUUCUUCAGCACCUCGUUCAGCGAGGGCGCCUUCGUCGUCGUGGGCCUGCUGAACCUGCUGCUGCCGACGAACCCGGCCCCAGAGGACAAGCCAGACCUCCUGCCGCAGGAGUAUCUGCCGACCUUCUUCCACUGCUGGUCGCUGGUCAACCGGUCGCGCAUGUUCGACGCCCACUUCAUCGACACAAUAUCCCGGCUGGCCAGGGACAACCUCACUGCCCCACACAUCCCCUUCUCGCAGUACGGCAUGUUCACGGGCGAGCAGAACUCGCACAUCUUCACAGCGAUCCUGCGCCUGCUCGAGAUCCCCGUCGGACAGGCAACCUCACCGUACAGCAGCACCGUCGAUCUCGGCGCUGGCCUGGCGGUCAUGCUGGAUAGGGACCAGCGGAAGCACCCCUCGACACACCACAUUGCUCGGUUCAUCGGCAUGUCAUUGUCGCCGGCGUGUGUUGACCACCCGGACUCCAUACUCAGCAAGCUGGAGGGUCUGAUUCAGGCGGUCGAGACAUUCUUCCACCCGUCCAACUCAGGCAGCUGGACGCGGCCGCUUGCGCAGCUGGUGUACUACCUGGCCGACUUCUUCGUACUGCGCUGGAACCGAGAGCACAGUGGCGAGAUGGACGUGCCCAAGGAGCGUCAGUUGAACGAUGCGGUCAAGAGGCGUUUCGUGCUCUGCCUGCGAGAGGUCACGUUCAUGGGCAUCUUCAGCAAGAGCGACAAGGCUGUGCAGUAUGCACUGUCCGCCCUUCAGAGCUUGGCGUACCUGGAGCCCAACCUCAUCCUCCCAGGCGCACUGCAGCGCAUCUAUCCCGCUAUGCAGGGCCUCGUUGAGGUGCACCGCACCAUCUCCUCGAUCCGUGCGUUACACAUGCUCUCUAAGAUCAUGGCCAAGACCAAGGGCUGGCGGUGCCAUGUCACAACUGUGCUCGGUCUCGCACUGCCUGGUAUCGACGCCAACGAUCUUGAAAAGACGCUACAUACGCUGCAAUACGUGCAGGGCGUCUGUUAUCUGGUACCGUUCCAUGAUCUGACAAAGGCCAAGAAAGCCUCCGUCACGUCUGGCGACGGCACAGAUACGCCGCGAGAGGACAUGGGCGGCGACACGGGGCUCGCCAUGCAAUGGAUUACACAGCAAGUCGAACGAUUAGAGAGCGCCACCGGCAACAUCGAGAUCAACUAUGACGAAGAGCUCAGUGACGAAGAUGAGGAGAUGAUCUUGCGGUCAUCCACAACAGGCCUCAACGAGUUCUUGAUCUCGUUCCUGGGUCGCGUGUUCACACUGCUGGAGAACCUGCCAGAUGCUUCGAGAGUCCGUAGUGGAUCUCCCGAGGAGUACGUGGUAAACCACCUUCCAGCUGCGUUCACGCCCUUGCUCGCGGCACUCUCGCCAGAGCUGUACGAUGUUGCGCUAGACAAGAUUGCCAACUUCAUCUCAAAUCAUGUCAUUCACCAAGCGCGAGAUGCAAUCGCAUUCAUCUGCAACAGUCUUGUCAAGAUCAACCCGGAGAAGGCACUGAAGCGGCUGUUGCCCCACCUCUUUGCUGGUAUUCGUACAGAGAUUGAGGACAUUGGCGCUGGCUCUACACGAACAACAGGCGCUGAAGUCCUUCCUCGCGAUCGUGCUCUGGUCUGGAAUCUCAGCAUCCUGAGCAUGUGCGUUGUUCACGUGGGCGAUGCUGUGAUUGCGUGGAAAGAUGACCUGUUCGAGAUCGCAGAGUACAUGCAACAAAAGUGCAGAGGCACACCCACCGUGCACGUCUCAAACUUCAUCCACCAUCUCCUUCUCAAUCUCACUUGCACAUAUACCAUCGACUAUGAUAUCUACGAGAAAGACGAGCUGGCACAAGGCAUCACCGCCGAGUCGUGGGGAAGGCAAAUCGACGUGAAGGACCUGAACGUCAAGUGGCAUACUCCCAGCCCUGAAGAGGUUGGGUUUGCUGUUCGGUUGUUUGAGACGCAUGCCAGCAACUCGAUGAACGCUCUUGUCGCCCUCACAUCAGCAGACUCUCCGAUCCAGCGGGAGGGUACCGGCAAGGACUGGUCAGAUGAAGUAUCGAGAAACCUCGUUCUUCUGAGACUGAUCAUCUCCGGUAUCUCAGUACUGUUCGAUGUUCGACACGACCAAGUCAGCGGCAGCGUCGACGCUGGGUCCGAGAGCGGGUCAGAUCCUGACGCCAUGGACACAGAAGGCAUUGACGACGAUGCUGGCCUGGGCGAGGCGGAAGACGAAGAAGUCAAGCCUACGUUCCAGUACGAGUCUGGCUACCCGUUGUCUCGCGACGACAAGGACUACAAGCUCAUCCAUGAUCUGCGCCAUCGUGUUGGUGAGAUUCUACAUGAUGUCCAUCGGUUCCUGAUUGAGAAGCAGCCAGAUGACGUUCCCUGCUUCAACGCUCUCUACAAUGCAUACCGAUCGUGGUUCAUUGAUGUGGGCAUUGAGCGCUCAGCACACGUCCUUGACCGCAUAUCGAGGCUUCUCGACAAUGAUGAGCAGCCGUUCAGAUUCAGCGGCUUGCGCAAGGAGUAUCCUCGACCAUUGCUCGUUAGACGCGCCAAUGUCUACCACCUUCAGCGCCUUCGCCACAAUGCUAAUCCUCGGCCCAAGACCGAGCUCGACAAGCAGUUGUUGCUCGAUCUUGCCGAGUCUAGCAUAUCGCUUUACACGGAGAUCCGACGCACGGCACAGACUGCGAACGAGUCAGCCGUCAAGUGCGUGCUGGGCGCUCGACCUCUGGUCAUCCCGACACUCCUAGAUGCGUUUGUCAAGGCCGUCGCGGAGCAAGACUAUCCCCGCAUCAAGGGCGCCAUGUUCGCACUUCUCUUCGGUAGCUUGGCAAAGACAAUCAGCAGGGACUGGAGGUUCACACCAAAGCUGAUCAAAACCUUCAUUGAGGUCACCGGCGCCGACAAGCCAUCUGUUCAGAAAUUGGCGACAAAUGCGACGUUCCAGGUCAUGGACAUGGGCAAGGCCAUGGAGCGCAUGGUCAUCCUGGACAAGGAUGUUGUGCAGGCGAUCGCGUAUGCCAUCGAGUCUGCUGAGGACGCUGUCGUCCAGCAGAAGGUCGCGAAGCGACGCGAAUACAUCACGCAGAAGCGCGCUCGCAUUGAAGGCAAGAAGGCUGAUUUGUCCAAGGAGCUCGUGCAAAUCGCCAAGACUGAACAUUGGAAGAAGGUUAGUCGCACUGCAGCCAUCAUCGUCAAUCUCGGGAUGCGCUACGAUACGAUUGCGUCCGACGAGAUGAUCGAUCUCGUCGCCAAGGGUGCCAUCGAUCAGCAUCCGAGCUUGCGUGGUCUUUACGCCGGUGCCUUCAUUGGACUGUUCUCGGUCAUUCAGACACGCGCAAUCACAGGCCACAGCUACGAGAAAUAUUUGUUGGGCGAGGAGGACUUGCCUGACAAGAUUUCUGUGCCCACGCGACCAGAGGAUCCCAAGUGGACGGACGAGUACCUCGAGUCGUUCGCACAGCCGGAGGCCAAGUACUAUGUUGAUUUCGACUAUCCGGGAUGGUUGGUAUGGAACAAGACGAUGCCAGGCUUCUUGCCGAACGCGCCUCAAGUCCAGUACGAUGACAUCGAGAACAAGGUCCGCAAGAAGAUCGCGGGUCACAUGACACGAUCCUGGUUUUCCAACUACUUCGCUUUUAUGAAGCAGGAGCCUCGCGAUGCCAGCGCUGAUCGCUUCCGCAUGUCCAGCGCAAUGCUGUUGACGCACGCGUUCGACCUCAUCUUCUGCGGUCUGACUGAAGCCACAUUCGAGGACAUCAAGGAUCUCUCAGAAGCUGUCUACAGCGAUGGAAGCGACAAGCACCAACAUCGUGCGACAUCCGAGAUCAUGGCUGCGCUUCUUUCCUGCGCGCCGGACCUGAAGCCUGAGCAGCGCACGGAGGUUUGGGAGUAUGUUUUCCCGAUCGUUCGUGGCAUUUUCCAGGACGGUCUCACACCUGAGAACUCUGGCUACUGGACGACAUUCUUGCAUGUUGUUCUGCAGUCGAAGGAUCCCCGCCGAGGAUGGCCUAUGGUAGACUGGCUUGCAAGCUUCCGCCUCGACAUGGACUCGAACGCUGCGUUCAAGGAGAGCUCCAAGGUGCAUCUUCUUACUCAGAUGAUCAGCGAUGCCGGAUGGCACUUCCGUCUGGAGAAGCCGAUCUUGGAAGACUUCAUGAAGCACCUCGAUCAUCCAUACAAGGGUGUGCGAGAGGCGAUGGGACAGACCAUCGCUACCAUCUACCGCACACGAUACCACGAGUCGUACAAGGAUGUUGCUACGCUCAUCAAGGCACAAAAGGAUGCCUCAUCCAUUGGCAUUCGCCCAUACCAGCCCUCUGAAGAGUUCACCGCCACCAUCACAGAAACCUUCGCCCGCCUCGAGGCUUGGCGCCACCAGCGUGAGCCUGGCCAACAGACCCCCUCAUCGUAUACAUCCGGUGGCAAGACAGUUCUUCUCUGGCUCGACUCGACGCUUUCUUCGUAUGAAUGCACACAACUUGUCAAGUUUUUCCCUGAUGUCUUCAUGGAGCAGCUUUUGCACAUGAUGGACAUUAAGGAAGACCCCGAACUGCAGUCUCUCGCAUACCAUGUCUUCCGUCAUCUACCUAACAUCCCGCAGCGUGAAGGCGAAGACGCCGAUUUCAUCGCCGCACUCAUCCGCAUCGGACAGACAGCCACAUCAUGGCAUCAGCGGCUGCGCAUCCUGAUCAACGUCCAGGUCAUCUACUUCCGCCGUCUCUUCCUCAUGAGCACAUCCCAGCAACAACAGCUGUUCGACUGUGUCUCCUCGAUGCUUAGCGACGUGCAGCUCGAAGUCCGCAUGGGCGCCGCCGCGACCCUGAGCGGCAUGAUCCGCUGCAGCCCGCAGGCCUUCCGUGACGAGCAGGUUGAGAAGCUGAAGAAGCGCUUCUCCACACAGCUCACCAAGAACCCGCUGCCCAAGAAGAAGACCUCGGUUCCUGGAACGCCAUCGGCGGAUCAGAACAAACUCGUGCUGACGCGUCAUGCUGCCGUUCUGGGACUGGGUGCGCUGACGCAGGCGUUCCCCUACCAAUCGCCGCCGCCGGCGUGGCUGCCGGAGGUCCUCGCAAGCCUCGCGAGGAAGGCGAGUAUGGACCCGGGAGUGGUGGGUAAGAGCGUUAAGACGGUGCUUUCGGACUUCAAAAAGACAAGGCAGGAUACGUGGCACGUCGAUGUCAAGGCUUUCAAACAGGAGCAGCUCGAGGAUUUGGAGGGCGUGCUGUGGAAGAGCUACUUCGCUUAG